CUAAAUUGUAAGUUAUCUCCCUUGAUGAUCUUUGCAUCGCACACCACCAGUCAAGAGCAUUCAUCUGAUUUUGACUAGGAACAACAUGGCAAAUAUAUUGAGUGGAAAAGAUGUAUCAGAGGAGAUAAGAACAAAGCUCAAGUCAGAUAUUGAGAGCUACAAAGAAAAAUGCCCUAGUUUUUUACCUGGGCUAGCCAUUGUACAGGUUGGUGACAGGGAAGACUCUAAUGUUUACAUCAAACAAAAACUUAAGAAUGCUGACACUGUGGGAAUUAAAGCUACGCAUGUCAAACUGCCUCAGACAACCACACAAACAGAGGUCCUUCAAACUGUGGAGAAAUUGAACAAUGAUCCAAGUGUGCAUGGAAUCAUUGUUCAACUUCCCUUGGAUUCUAGCAAUGAAAUUGAUUCGCACCUGGUCACAAAUGCAAUUAAACCAGGGAAGGAUGUAGAUGGGCUUCAUGAAUCAAAUGCUGGAAAACUAUCUCGUGGGGAUUUUGAUGGCUGCAUAUUUCCCUGCACUCCUAGGGGAUGCCUUGAACUGAUAAACAAGAGUGGGGUGUCUUUGGCUGGUAAGAAUGCAGUGGUUCUUGGUCGCAGUAAGAUUGUGGGGUCUCCUAUGGCUGACCUGUUAAAGUGGAACCAUGCCACGGUCACUGUCUGCCACUCCAAGACACAGAAUCUGCCAGAUAUUGUAAAAACUGCAGACAUUCUAGUAGUUGCCAUAGGGAAAGCAGAGUUUGUGAAAGGUAAUUGGGUGAAACCUGGAGCUGUUGUUAUUGAUUGUGGAAUCAACUCAAUUCCAGAUGCUACCAAGAAGUCUGGCAAACGAUUGGUUGGUGAUGUGGCUUAUGAAGAAGUGCAGGGUGUGGCGUCUUGGAUCACCCCUGUCCCUGGGGGUGUCGGGCCAAUGACUGUUGCCAUGCUGCUCCAAAACACAUUUGAACAGGCCAAGAGGAUGGUGGAGAAAUGUGGGGGGAAAGGAGAAUGGAAUCUACAGUUACUGCCAUUGAUCUGUAAAACCCCAGUACCAAGUGACCUUGAGGUGGCCCAGUCACAGACCCCAAAGAAUGUGGAGCUAUUAGCCAGGGAAGUGGACCUUCUCCCCGAGGAAGUGGACCUGUAUGGAAAGAAGAAAGCCAAGGUCUCCCUGGACAUCCUCAAAAGACUGCAGGGACAGAAAGACGGCAAAUACAUUGUAGUCACCGGUAUCACUCCAACCCCUCUGGGUGAGGGUAAGAGUACAACAACAAUAGGUUUGGUCCAGGCCCUGGGAGCUGCCCUUAAGAAAAAUGUGUUCGCAUGUGUCAGGCAACCCUCUCAAGGCCCUACAUUUGGUAUCAAAGGUGGGGCUGCAGGGGGAGGCUACUCGCAGGUCAUUCCCAUGGAGGAGUUCAACUUGCACUUGACAGGAGAUAUUCACGCCAUAACAGCAGCAAACAAUUUGUUGGCAGCUCAGAUCGAGGCUCGCAUGUUCCACGAGAGUACACAAAAAGACGAGGACUUGUAUCGCAGACUGGUACCUGACAAUAAAGGAAAGCGAGCCUUUUCAAAAAUCCAGAUUAAAAGAUUACAGAAAAUUGGAAUUACUAAAACAGAUCCCAAUGAACUGACCCCUGAGGAAAUUAAUCGCUUUGUCCGUUUGGAUAUUGACCCUGCAACUAUUACAUGGCAACGAGUUUUGGACACAAAUGACAGAUUCUUAAGAAAGAUAACCGUUGGUCAGGGACCGCUUGAGAAGGGCCACACAAGAGAGUGCCAGUUUGACAUAGCUGUUGCCAGUGAAAUCAUGGCAAUAUUAGCCUUGACAACUGGAUUACAAGAUAUGAGAGAGAGGCUUGGACAAAUGGUUGUGGGAACUAGUAAAGCAGGGGUACCAGUCACAGCUGAUGACUUGGGAGUGAGUGGGGCAUUAACUGUUUUGAUGAAGGAUGCAAUCAGACCCAACUUGAUGCAGACAUUAGAGGGAACUCCAGUGUUUGUGCAUGCCGGACCUUUUGCAAACAUUGCUCAUGGAAAUUCCUCCAUCAUUGCAGAUAAAAUUGCAUUAAAAUUGGUUGGAGAAAAUGGGUUUGUUGUGACGGAGGCUGGAUUUGGUGCUGACAUUGGAAUGGAGAAAUUCUUUAACAUCAAAUGCAGAGCCUCGGGUCUGAUCCCUAAUGCUGUGGUGCUGGUGGCGACAGUGAGAGCGCUGAAGAUGCACGGUGGGGGACCGACUGUCACUGCCGGGGUACCACUCCCCAAGGCUUAUGUGGAAGAGAAUCUUGAACUUCUAGAGAAAGGUUGUGCUAAUUUAAGGAAACAAAUUGAAAAUGCUAACAAAUUUGGAGUACCAGUCGUAGUUGCCAUCAACUCAUUUGUAACUGAUACUCCAGCUGAAGUGGAGUUGGUGAAAUCAUUUGCCAAGCAGAAUGGAGCUUAUGAUGCGGUGAUAUGUAGCCAUUGGGCUAAAGGGGGUCAAGGUGCUGCGGACCUAGCAUCAGCAGUAGAGGCAGCCACCAGUCAACCAAGCAACUUCAAGUUCCUGUAUGAUGUCAAGUCCUCCAUUGAAGAGAAGAUAGAGACAAUCUGUAAGGAGAUUUAUGGAGCUGAUGGAAUUGAAAUUCUGCCACUGGCCCAGGAACAGAUAAACAGAUAUAAAAACCAGGGAUUCAAUGAUUUACCCAUAUGCAUGGCCAAAACUCACUUAUCCCUAUCACAUGACCCGACCAAAAAAGGAGAACCUAAAGGGUUUGUGGUGCCGAUUCGCGAGGUUCGAGCCAGCAUUGGAGCAGGCUUCAUCUACCCACUGCUUGGAACGAUGACGACCAUGCCUGGUUUGCCUACACGUCCUUGCUUCUACGACAUCGACAUUGAUCCCGAAACAGAGGAGAUUGUCGGCCUUUCAUAAUGGAGUCAGAAACAGCUCAGUGGUGCUAUUGCUUGGCUGAGAUGAAAUACAUGACAAGUGAAUGUUUUCAAUGAUCAUGGUGAUUUAUCUGUAAUGCUCGUUGACUAUAUGAUUUGUACCUAAUGAAACCGUAUAAACCUCAUAACUAGUACACAGUCAUCAUCAAAAUUGGUCUCAACUGCGUGAACUGAAGUGCAUGUAUUGAGAUAAUUAUUUCAUAGAUAUUGAACAUUCCAGAGAUGUCAUCAACAAAAUCAUCAAUAUAAUUAGUGCUAGGGGUAUUAAGUGGGUUUUUUUACUGGUGCCAAAGUUUGAUUGUCAUUUAUUAAAAUCCAUCCUGAAUCAAAAAUUUGAAAUAAAUAUUGUCUUGAAA